UUGGAUGUCACCUUAUGCUGGGCGAGGUCUUGUGCUCGAGUUAGGGAAACGAACCAACCAGCAGCCGCGUGAAAGGUGGCUGCCCUCCUACCCCCCUUACCAGAGCUUAUAUAAAUGUGGCAGAAUCGAGCGCACUUGAUCAGUGAUAAAGAAGGGACGACGUGGGGAUGUCGACGCUUGAGGUCAUGCAGUGAACGACUUACAAUAUUUGGAACUUAUAAGAAAAGAGACAGUGUGUGAUCAAAGGGUUCCCUCUCGGCGCGGAAAUGCGGUGCCCUGAGGGAGUCUUUGUGGCUCUCUUGGCCUGUGCGGUGCUAACGACGAGGUGUCAAAGUGCCACAGUCCCAGAGGCUUCCCAAGGACCCCUCGACGCCCCCGCCCAUGCCCCCAUCCCCGCCCAAACCGAGCAUGACUCCCCCACUCCCUCGACGAAGGAAAGAACCGAACGGCAGGUAUCAAGUGACUCCUUCCAGUACGCUGCCCAGGUAGCAAGUGAGACGGACACUGGAGCAGAGUUGAAGGGUCUAGAGGCUGCCAAGACUGAGACACAUGAUGCCAGUGCCGGUUCAGACAGCGACAUCAACACUCGGUCCGCCAAGCCCUUGAGUGGCGGCGAGAAGACCCACGGACCGCACCCAGAGGCACAACACACCCGGUACUUCGUCACCAGACCGUACAAUGCUCCCAGUAACAUCUCACCGUGGCACUUCGGAUCAGGCCACUCACACAGGCAGCGUGGUGGCACCGUGAGGGCCACAGCACGCACCGGCAGACCAGCACCGCAAACCAUUAGGCCAAGCUACAAAGUCUUCAGCCAGAACAUCAACGUAACACCAAGACCUUCUGCGAGAUACAACACACACCCAGCCAAGUUAAGUUACCCAGUGACCCGGCAUGAAAAACCCGACUACAUUCGCUUCCACUCCGAUAAGCCCUACACACCACUAGUAACAAAGGCUAAGCUGGAGUUUGCAGACUAUGGGAACACAUCUCGCUCUCACUGGCUAGGGAAUAGAUACGGCAGGGUAAGGAACCAACAAUCGUAUCCCAUAAAGUCAGUGUUUAGUUUCGUCCUACCUGGCACUCCCCCAGUUCCUAAAGACAAGACUAGCUACAUCAUACACAGGCAAAAGGGUCUCACAGUUACCACGCCUCGUAUUCCAGUCUCCCCGUCUCCUUCUUCGCGCCUCACUCCCUCGCCGUAUAAAGUGAAGGAGUCCCCCCAUAAAGUUAUCAUUUACUCCCCAUCCUCCCUGAAAAUAUCCGUCCCCAACACUCCUUCCCAUAAACUCCAGGCUCCACCUCCACUUAUCUAUCUGCCAAAACAUAACCCACUUCCCCUUGAAAAAGCAUUUAUUCCUCCACCUCCUCAUCCACAUCCACCUAAGCAAGGAUAUGGCCCUCCACCUCCACCAAAACAAGGAUAUGGCCCUCCACCUCCACCAAAACAAGGAUACGGCCCUCCACAUCCCCCAAAACAAGGAUACGGCCCUCCACCACCUCCACAUUCAGGAUCAUACAUCCCUCCCCCACCCCCUCCCGGUCACUCUCCCCCACCACAGCAUAAUCCACUCAUCUCCACACCGCACUAUGGUCCCCCACCACCCCACCACAGUACGGGCCCCCUCCACCACCACAAUAUGGCCCCCCACCUCCACCACCACAAUACGGACCUCCACCUCCACCACAGUACGCGCCUCCACACACUCCACAAUACACCCCACAACCACCACCAGUAUACGCCACCCCAGCCCCAAGACCCCACUGUCUACCCAAGGGCGCUCCACCCCCUCCACCAGGUUACGGCCCUCCACUCCCAACAUGUUACGAUCCACCACCAGACUGGGCACCGGCUGACCCACCGGCUGACCCACCAGCUGACCCACCAUCUGAUCCACCAACUACCACACCCGAUCCACCCGCUGAUCCCGCCACUACUACUCCAUCACCACCAGCUGUUACUCCACCACCACCAGCUGCCACCUUCACCACAACCACUUCCCCCACAUCUAUAGUAUUUGACGAGAGCAACAGCGAGUCACUGGGGUCAGGAUCGGGGAGUGAAGGCGAGGGUAUAGGAAGACCAGUAGGAUCGGAAAGUGAAGGCGAAGGAAUAGGAGGUUCUGUAGGAUCCGAGAGCGAAGGAGAAGGAAUAGGUACACCAGUAGGAUUGGAGCCGGAAUGUGUGGAAGGAGGCGAAGGAGUAGGAGGAGCAGGUGGAGAAGGAGGAGCAGGAGGAUGUAGAAGAGGAGUAGAAACAGGAGUAACAGAACAAGAGGAAGUUUUAGAAUGCGAAGGCGUAGGAGGAGGAGGAGGAGUAGGAGGAGGAGGAGGAGAAGGAGGAACAGGAAGAGGAUGCAGAAGAAGAGGAGAAGUAGAAGGAACGGGAGUAGGAGAAGCAGAACUAGAAAUGGAAUGCGAAGGAAUAGGAGCAGAAGGAGAAAUAGGAGAAGGAGGAAUAGGAGGAGGAGAAGGAGGAGGAAGAGGAUGCAGAAGAAGAGAAGAAGCAACAACAGGAGGAGAAGAACAAACUGGAGGAGCAGAAGAAGUAAUGGAAUGCGAAGGAAUAGGAGCAGAGGGAGGAGAAGGAGGAGAAGGAGGAAUAGGAGGAGAAGGAGGAAGAGGAAGAGGAUGCAGAAGAAGAGGAGAAGAAGAAGGAACAGGAGCAGGAGGAGAAGAACUUGGUGUAGCAGAAGAAGUAAUGGAAUGCGAAGGAAUAGGAGCAGAAGGAGAAAUAGGAGAAGGAGGAGGAGGAGGAGGAGGAGGAGAAGGAGAAGGAGGAAGAAGAAGAGGAUGCCGAAGGAGAGAAGAAGGAACAACAGCAGGAGAAGAACAAGUUGGAGGAGCAGAAGAAGUAAUGGAAUGCGAAGGAAUAGGAGCAGAAGGAGGAGA